GGAAGGAGGGAGGACGGGAGGGAGAGAGAGUGAAAGAUCGCCAGCUACAGCGCACGAUCCAGCGCUGAGAGCCAUCGAUGAGUGAGUGUAACUGAGCUUAUGGGAAGGGAAGGAAGCAGCUCAUCUCUGUAGUUCCUGGUGAGCGCGUCACCAUUAAAAUACGGGGAUCGAAGACCAUUACGCACUGGGAAUUGCGGGAAUGUCAAGGGAAUUAUAUUAGUGAUUAUGUGCCUUAUUGGCACCAAGUCGGUGCCACCUCAGUAGUAGGUCUCCAGAGAGAGGGAAAAAGGAGGAGGGGUAGACAGUCUGGCAGACAGGUGCGACUCUACUCCACAGCCGCUGUCUCAUUUUCUCCUGGUCCCGCUCAGUUAAAUAGCCAUGGAUACCCGCAAGGAGAACAAGGUAAGAAAACAGCCAAUGAAGCCCAAAUCGACGAAGCGUAAAGAGAAGAAAUACAAAACCGCGAGGCUUUUCAGGAGGAAAUCGUUGAGGUCUGUCGGGAAUUUUAUGAGCAGGAUCCUGAAAACUUUGGGCACUUUGGCGCACUUUGGCGACGCGGAGCCGCCGGACGCAGAGGACGACGACGGCGGCUUCGGGCAAAGCGCCUCCUCGGGGGGGUUCAAAGACGACUUUCCGCAGAUCUCCAGGGAGGGUACGGUGAAGAAGAGCUCCACCGUGUCCUCAUCUCACGGCUCGGUGAAAGACAGGCUGUCGUGGUGCUAUGGCGACAAGACGCCCGGGGUGCUGGGGCUGAAGAACCACGGCAACACCUGUUUCAUGAACGCCGUGGUCCAGUGCCUCAGCAACACGGACCUGCUGGCGGAGUACCUCGGGCUGGAGCAGUACAAGUCGGAUUUGUGUCUCAGGAAGGUGAACGGGGUGGUGAGAGGCGAGGAGCCGCAGACCACCAGGGGAGAGGUGACCGAGCAGUUGGCGUCGCUGGUUCGAGCGCUGUGGACGCUGGAGUACACACCGCAGCUGUCUGUGGAGUUCAAGAGUAUAGUGUCCAAGUAUGGCUCUCAGUUUCGGGGAAACUCUCAGCAUGACGCCCUGGAGUUCCUCCUGUGGCUCUUGGACAGAGUCCAUGAAGACGCCAAUCCCAAUCCCAACAACCACAGCAGCAGCAGCAAGACCAAAGCCGCCGCCAAGGGACCCAGUGCUUUGGAGGAUCUCCCCAGUCCCAGUCCAGCCAGCACACAGCAGCCUGGAGGUCGACACAGCUUUGUCCAAGAACACUUCCAGGCGCAGUACAGGUCUUCUCUGACGUGCCCUCAUUGCCUUAAGCAGAGUAACACCUUUGACCCGUUCUUGUGCAUCUCCUUGCCCAUCCCCCUCCGGCAAACCAGGCCGAUGUGUGUGACUCUGGUGUUCAGUACGAAGGGUCAGAGGUAUCUGCGGGUGGGACUGGCCGUGCCUCUCUUUGGCUCCAUGGCCUGCCUGAGAGCCAUGGUGGCAGAGGAGGGCAACAUCUCCCCAGACCAGGUCAUCCUAUCAGAGCUCUACUCCACGGGUUUCCAGCGCUCCUUCUCCGAUGAGGACGACUUGACAGCCAUUGCCGACAGUGACGUGGUCUACGCCUUCCAGGCUCCGCCCCUCUACAGCCGCGGAGGCUCUGCGCCGCUCUCAGGGUAUCACCACAGCCUCCCCUCCUCUCCCUACACCUCCACCGCGGGGCCCGACGGCCAGCGGUUGCCACCCUCGGGCACCCUCUCCUCUGAAUUCCUCAAUCAGGGUGGCUCCACUAAGGUCCUCCUUCUCAUCUGCAACACGGCAGGAUCCGGCCAGCAGGCGGUCAGGUUUGGACCUCCAUUUCUGAUGCGUGAGGACAGGAGUAUCUCCUGGGACCAGCUGCAGCAGAGCAUCCUCAGCAAGCUCUAUUACCUGAUGCUGAAUGGCUCCCAGGCUCAGAAUGCCGGGGCGCUGUUUAAGAUCAGAGUGGUGGGAGGAUCGGCUGCCUACAGCUACCUGUCAUCACAGGACAGCAGGCCACUGUACCAUCCUGCGGUUGACAGAGCUCUGAAGUUCUGUGGCCCAGGGGGACCUCCUCAUGUGAAGCUUGUCAUUGAAUGGGAGCACAAGAUUAAAGAAUGUCUGUUUGGCAGCAUCCAGGAGGAGGUGGUGAAGGAUGCAGAGAGUGUGAGGAACCAGCAGCAGCAGCAUCUGCAGCAGCACAGCUGCACCUUAGAUGAAUGCUUUCAGCUGUAUACCAAAGAAGAGCAGCUUGCUCCAGAUGACGCCUGGAAGUGCCCCCACUGUAAGCAGCUUCAACAGGGCAUGGUGAAGAUGAGCCUGUGGACCCUCCCCGACAUCCUCAUCCUCCAUCUCAAGCGCUUCAGACAGGUAGGAGAGCGGAGGAAUAAGCUGUCCACCCUGGUGCGUUUCCCCCUGGCUGGGCUGGACAUGGCCCCCCAUGUGGUGAAGAGAAGCCAGAGCAUGAGGAACCUGAGUCUGGGAGCCUGGCCCCCUGCGUGGAAGCAACCGGCAGGCCAGCACCACCAACCCUCUGACAUGACCCUCCCCCUCGACUAUCUGUAUGACCUCUACGCUGUGUGUAACCACCACGGAGGAAUGCACGGAGGACAUUACACUGCUUACUGUAGGAACUCGGUGGACGGCCUGUGGUAUAGCUAUGAUGACAGCAGUGUAGACCUGGUGCCAGAGGAGGAAGUAUGUACCAGAGGGGCCUAUAUCCUUUUCUACCAGAGACGCAACACCAUCCCCCCCUGGUCUGCCAGUAGCUCCCUCAGAGGCUCCACAAGUUCAUCUAUGUCAGACCACUGGCUUAUCCGACUGACAGGGGACAGUAAGAGAGGCAGUCUGGUGUCUCGUUCCUCCACCACCUGCCCCUCCUCCAUACCUGACUCCCCAGAAUCUCCUGUCUUUCAUGACGACUCUGCCAAAGAGGAGAAAGGGGGGUUUGAAAACAGGCCAUUUGUCAGAGGUCUCCAGGGACGCAGCAUGAGCAUGCGCACUCCUACCAAGACCAAGGACAAUCUAAGCAAAGUGCUUCCACUCCGCUGGUCUUUCGGUUCCAAAGACAGACGGAAACUUGAUCAGGCACCCCCACUGGUUCCAGCUCCUGCCCCUGUGGAGCUAGUGGAGUACUUGGAAUCUGGCCGCCGGCCUCGCUGCACCAAGGACCCAAUUGAGAGACUGAUGACCGGACCAGCAAGCAGUAAGGAAGCUGCUGAGGGCCCGGCUGCAGCCCAGGUUCGAUCUCCCAGCAGUGGGAGUCUGAGUUGCAUAGGACGGACAGAAGAAGAGCUGGUACCCGACUCUCCACAGGUCCCAGAGGGUCAGAGGAGGCCAUCAGAUAUGACAGCCAGCCUAAGACGCACCAAGGGGAACAAGGCAAUAGAUGAGGGCACUACCACCAUUACCAGUAGCUCCAGCAGUAACACACUAACUAGGAGGAAGGAUGCCAGGAAACAGAGCUCCUCCAAAGCUUCCCAAGAUGCUGUGAUGAGAAGGAGUUCCAGCACUGGAGUUCAGCCCAGCGCUAGUACUCCCAGCCUCCAUGAUGGGACUCUUAAAAGAGGGAAGGGGGUUAGGGGGGACAGGGCUGAUAGAGUUGAUGCACCAGGCGAACAUCAAGUUUCACAUGCCGGAGAUUCUCAGCCCAGGAAAGCAGAGGCACCCAAGGCCCAUGAGGGGCUGCUCUCUUUCUUCAAAGGCAACUUCCUGAAGAAGGAUAAGGACUCAAGAAGGUCCAAGGAAGGUGACUCAAAGAGGGGAGGAGGUGAGGAAGUAGGCAGAAGGAACUCCUCAAGGCUGUCUCUGUCCAACGGAGCAGCAGGAGGGGGCACAGGAGUAGAUGGCGGCAAGUCUAAUGGCUCACAGCGUCUAGGUGAUGAGCUGGCCAAUGGGAAGGUGGGACGCACCACAUCUGAUAUCAAACGCUCCCAGAGCUCCUCCAACAUCCCCACUAAAGCGGAGCAGAGCAUGCGAAGGACAGCAUCCUUGCAUCGCAACGGGAUGUCUGCAGCCCCACCACCAUCACGCAGCCUGACAGCAGACAAACUGUCUUACGGUACCUUGCAGAGAACUCGCUACAGCACAACCUCGCUGGGACGCAAAAGGACAGUCCCUGAAUCCAGCUUCUGACACGCACACACACAUGCAUACAC